GCCCGGACCCUUCCUCUGCGGCGCCGGCGCAGGCGCGUCCCCGCAAGCGGAGCCCCAGGCCGGCGCUUGGGGAUGGCGCGCGCACCCCGGUGCCGUGCGGUGCGCGCCCUGCUGCGGAGCCGCUACCGAGAGGUGCUGCCCUUGGCCACCUUCUCUCGGCGCCUGGGGCCCGAGGGCCGGCGGCUCGUGCGGCGCGGGGACCCGGCGGCCUUCCGCGCGCUCGUGGCGCAGUGCCUGGUGUGCGUGCCCUGGGACGCGCCGCCACACCCCGUCGCCUCGUGCUUCCGCCAGGUGUCCUGCCUGAAGGAACUGGUGGCCAGGGUGGUGCAGAGGCUCUGCGAGCGCGGCGCCAGGAACGUGCUGGCCUUCGGCUUCGCCCUGCUGGAUGGGCCUCGCGGCGGGCCGCCGGUGGCCUUCACAACCAACGUGCGCAGCUACCUGCCCAACACGGUGACCGAGACGUUGCGCGGUAGCGGCGCGUGGGGGCUGCUGCUGCGCCGCCUGGGCGACGACGUGCUCACCCACCUGCUGGCGCGCUGUGCGCUCUACCUGCUGGUGGCCCCCAGCUGCGCCUACCAGGUGUGCGGGGCGCCGCUCUACGACCUCUGCGCCCCCGCCGCGGUUCGGCCCACCCGACAUGCGGACAGGACCUUGGAGGUCCUCGGACCCACGCGCCAGGCCAGGGGCGGCAGCGACGCGGAGGCUGGGAGACCCCCAAGCCUGCCAGUCCGGGGCGCGUGGCAGCGUCGGGGCCGCGCUAGGGCAACUCCGCCGCCAGCCAAGAGGCCCAGGCACAGCCUGGCCCCGGAACCUGAGCAGGCACUGAGCCACAGCAACCCUCCAGCGGUGACUCCUGCCGGCGCCACCGCGGAAACCGCGUCUUUGGGGCGCGGACCCCCCAGGACCGGCCGGUCCUUCCAGUUAGUGGGCUGCGGGCGCCAACCCGGCUACCCACCCACCCAGCGGCCCCAGGGCACGCCCGGGCCCCGAACAUAUGCGGAGACCAAGCGUUUCCUCUACAGCUCAGGGUGCAAAGAGCGGCUGCGCCCCUCCUUCCUGCUCAGCGCCCUGCAGCCCAGCCUGUCUGGAGCCCGGACCCUCGUGGAGACCAUCUUUCUGGGCCCGCAUCCCCAGAGGCCAGGAGCUCCCCGCAGGAUGCGCCGCCUGCCUGCUCGCUACUGGCGGAUGCGGCCACUGUUCAGGGAGUUGCUCGGCAACCAUGCAAAGUGCCCCUAUGGCGCGCUCCUCAGGACACAUUGCCCGCUUCGGGCCACCAACACCCUGGCGGGUGCCAGUGUCCAAAAGCACAGUGGAGUGGGCGUGUGUGCCGCGGAGGGGCGGAUGGCGGCGUCCACAGAGAGUGCGGGCCCACGGUGCCUGGUGCAGCUACUCCGCCAGCACAACAGCCCCUGGCAGGUGUAUGCACUCCUGCGAGCCUGCCUCCGCCGGCUGGUGCCCGCUGGCCUCUGGGGCUCCAGGCACAAUGAGCGACGCUUCUUGCGGAACGUAAAGAAGUUCGUAUCUCUGGGAAAGCACGCCAGACUCUCGCUGCAGGAGCUGACCUGGAAGAUGAAGGUGCAGGACUGCACCUGGCUACGCCGGAGCCCAGGGGCUCGCUCUGUCCCGGCUGCUGAGCACCGUCUGCGAGAGGCAGUCCUGGCCAAGUUCCUGUGCUGGCUGAUGAACACAUAUGUGGUUGAGCUGCUCAGAUCUUUUUUUUAUGUCACGGAGACCACAUUCCAGAAGAACCGGCUCUUCUUCUACCGGAAGAGUGUCUGGAGCCAGUUGCAGAGCAUUGGAAUCAAACAGCACUUCAAUAGCGUGCAGCUUCGGGAACUGUCGGAAGAGGAGAUGAGGCAGCAUCAGGAAGCCAGGCCCGCCCUGCUGAUGUCCAAGCUCCGCUUUCUCCCCAAGCCCAGUGGACUGCGGCCAAUCGUGAACAUGGACUAUGUCAUGGGCGCCAGGACAUUCCACAGGGACAAGAAGGUCCAGCAUCUCACCUCCCAGGCCAAGACGCUGUUCGGCGUGUUGAACUACGAGCGGGUGCAGCGCCCGGGCCUCCUGGGGGCCUCUGUGCUGGGCAUGGAUGACAUCUACAGGGCCUGGCGCUCCUUCGCGCUCCGCAUGCGGGCCAGAGACCCAGCAUCCCAGCUGUACUUCGUCAAGGUGGACGUGAUGGGCGCGUAUGAUGCCCUCCCCCAGGACAGGCUGGUGGAGGUGAUCGCCAGCGUGAUCAGGCCCCAGGAGAACACGUACUGUGUGCGCCAGUAUGCUGUGGUCCGGAGGACUGCCCGUGGACAUGUCCGCAAAGCCUUCAAAAGACACGUGUCCACCUUCAUGGACCUGCAGCCCUACAUGAGACAGUUCGUGGAGCAUCUGCAGCAGACAAGCUCUCUGAGGGACGCCGUGGUCAUUGAGCAGAGUUCCUCCCUGAAUGAGGCCGGCCACAGCCUUUUCGAUUUCUUCCUGCGGCUGGUGCACCACCACAUCAUCAGGAUCGGGGGCAAGUGCUACGUCCAGUGUCAGGGGGUCCCCCAGGGCUCCAUCCUAUCCACUCUACUCUGCAGCCUAUGCUAUGGGGACAUGGAGAACAAGCUGUUUUCUGACGUUCAGCAGGACGGGACCUUGUGUCGAAAGCUUACGCAAGACCUUCUCGUUAGGCUGCUCCUGCGUUUGGUGGAUGACUUCCUGCUGGUCACACCUCACCUGACACAAGCAGAAGCCUUUCUCAGGACUCUGGUCCAAGGCGUCCCCGAGUACGGCUGCGUGGCCAACUUGGGCAAGACGGUGGUGAACUUCCCCGUGGAGGUCAGCACCCUGGGCGGCACGGCGCCCCUCCAGCUGCCGGCCCACUGCCUGUUCCCCUGGUGUGGCUUGUUGCUGGACACCCAGACGCUGGAAGUGCUCUGUGACUACUCCAGUUACGCCCAGACCUCAAUCAAAGCAAGUCUCACCUUUAACCAGGGCUUCAAGCCUGGUAGGAACAUGCGUCGCAAGCUCUUCGCAGUCCUGCGACUGAAGUGUCAUGAUCUGUUUAUGGACCUGCAGGUGAACAGUCUCCAGACGGUUUGCACAAACGUGUACAAGAUAUUCCUGCUUCAGGCCUAUAGGUUCCACGCAUGUGUGCUCCAGCUCCCGUUCAGCCAGCACGUUAGGAAGAGCCCCUCGUUUUUCCUCCGGGUCAUCUCUGACACCGCGUCACGCUGCUAUGCCCUUCUGAAAGCCAAGAACCCAGGGAUGUCGCUGGGCGCCAGGGGCGCCUCCGGCCCUUUUCCUUCUGAAGCUGUGCAGUGGCUCUGUCUCCACGCCUUCCUGCUCAAGCUGGCGCGCCACAGCGUCACCUACAGGUGUCUUCUGGGGGCGCUCCGGGCAGCCAAGGCCCGGCUGAGCCAGCAGCUCCCCAAGGUGACCCUGGCUGUUCUGGAGGCAGCGGCUGACCCGGCCCUGACCACAGAUUUCAAGACCAUCUUGGACUGAACACCAACCCUCCCCACAUCCCGCGUCGGGCUGCAGCCUGGCACACUGUGGGAGGGGCUGCUGCUCCCUGAGCCUGGUCCUCUCCCGGAGCCCCGGGAAUGGGGCCUGCCGGCCAGGCUGCUCUGGGGAAGGGGCUGGCCUGCAUGUCUUAAGGGAAGCAGGACCUGCCCACUGCCACCUUCUGGGGACCCGGGUGCCAUCCUUUAGCUGCUGGCCACCAGGAGGAGGCAGGUGGGAGAACCUGGGUGGGCACAGGGAGUGUCUGGGUCCUUUGUCGCCCUCUUCACUGCGGGGCUGUCCCAGGCAGGAGCCAUAACACAUGUGUCCCCAAGGGCACAGGGAGGUGUGUGGACACCGCCUCCUGUCCUGCACAGCCCUGCCCUGCCUUCCCGACCGCCCCACCCGCCUUCCCUGGAGAUGCAUCCAAAGUUCCAGCCUCAGGCUUCCGGAAAGCAAAAGGCCCAGUCAGCUGUUUGUGGCCCAGCCGACCCCGCCCAGCCGUGCCCCCAGCCUCAUCCUUUUCCUCACGCCCACACUGGCACCUGGACCACCGGUGUCCAGACACGUCCCUGCACACGGCCCAGGCCAUACUGACCACCCUCCAUGCGGCAUCCACAGCCCACCCCCCCUCAGGCUCUACCUCCACCCGCCACCCCAGGAGCAGGGGGGCAGGGAAAGGAAAGAAAAUAUUGUGCCUUUGUUUAUUUUCCAUAGUUUUAAGUUUUUCUUACAUAUUAAAAUGUGCACUGCACAGGUACCAUAGCCUGUAAUUUUAGAAACUCAAGCAUUGUGGGUUGUGUGAUGUGCAAGGAUCCUUGGCCUGGCAGGGGGCAGAGGGGUUUCUGGGGCAGGAGGUGAGGGAGGGAAGGGGAGGCGGUGGUGGGGAGAGCACCCCUGUGGGGCAGGUGCAGAGGGCAGCAGGGGGAAGGGGUGAGUGGGUGGCAAGCCCAGCACGCUGAGCCUGGCCCCUUCCCUCUCUCUGCUGCUGCCCAUCCUCCGGCCCUGCAUCGUGCAGCCAGUCCCUUCCCAUCUGACCCCCAUCAGUCCCUUCCAUCCCCCAAACCCCUGGGGUGACCCUGCCCUGCCCACUUCUGCCUCCUGACCACCAUGGGCCUCCAUUGCCCAAGUGCCAUCAUGCCCAUUUAGUGGCCUCAGUGCCCAGGAGGAGCACACGGGGCAGAUGCCCCGGCCACCUGGCACCUGGGAGAGAGACGGGGUUCUGUUGAAGUGGGGGGCUGUGCAGAGGGAGAGCCGGAUGGGCCUCCGAGGAGUCCUGCUCACACGGGGUGGGCCCUGCGCUGCAGAGGCUUCCCAUGCUGCAGGCAGCAGGGCAGCCUGGGGAAGGGGGGUCCUGAAAGGCCAGGCUGGGAUACGUGCCUGCUCAGGGCCAUGGCUGAGGCUCUGGAGGGGGCUGGGCUUAGGGCCCCCAAGACACAGACAGAGGUGGGCAGCCCCUGACCGGGCAGAGGCCAGGUGCCCAGAGAGGGCUAGGGAGGUGGAGGUGAGCUGCGAGGUGCUCCCCAUCCCUGAGUUCCUGGUUCAGCAAGACUUGGGGCAGGUGCCUGGAGUUUGCAUUUUUCUCCAGGUCCAGAGAUACUGGUGCUGCAGGCAGGGGCCCACACCGAGCCCCCUGCUCAGGGGGUGGGGGGAGCUUGGAGGCUCCUGAGGCGUCCUCUGCAGUGGCCCUGGGUGCUGCAGCCAGCAGCUGGCUUAUCCAGGCCAGGGUCAAGAGUGGAGGUGGGUGGGGUGCAAGAUUUGGGGGCUGAGCAGAGGCCGCAGGGGGGGAGGUGGCUGGAGACUGUGGAGGGGCUCUUGCGGAAGUGGGGAGCCUGGGGCCUUGGUGAUCGUGAGGAGGGGCUGCCCUCUUCACUGUAGCUGAGCCAGAACCCCCAGCAUCGUGAUUGGACCCCCUUCCAGGUCUGCCCCAGCCUUAGCAGCUGUGGGGGGCCCUGUGGAAGUGUCCCCCUGGAAGGGUGCCUGUCCACAGAGCCGCCGGUCCUGCCAGGACACUGAGCAGGAUUUUGCCAUCUUCCUCUGUUGAGGAAGAGGCCCCGAGCAGGAGACAGCAGCAUGUCCUCCCAGACCAGUACAUGGGGCCGUCCCGCGUGCAGGUGCUGGACAAACGUCCUUGAACCCAGAACAGCACAAAGAACAGGAAGGGAGCAGGUCAAAUGGGCACCUGUGAAGGAGGGUCCCCAGGGGCACUGGCUCUGCCCAGCCCAGAGGCAGCACCAGGCCAGUGAGUGGCAUAUUGAUACCGGUGAGCAAUUCCCAAGGCUUCCUUCCGGCAUGUCCCUGACGGGCCUCUCUCCUGGCUGGGCACUGUCCAGUGUACCUUGGCCAGGGUUGGUGUCGACUUCUGCGGCCCAGAUUGCCGGAGCGUGAGUGGAUGUCGCAUGUCAGCGUUUAUGGUGAUUACCUGGUUUACUGUUGCUGGGGACAGUGGCCAAGGGACCGAGCUGAUGCAUUUUAUGGCAGACCCAAGUCCACGUGCAGUGCCGGCCCAGUGGUGCCCUCGCAGUUGUAAAGAGGGAAGGACUGAUGCACCACCCAGGGCAGGUCACAGACCCAAUGGGGACAUAACGGGGACACUGCAGGUACCUGAGCUGACCUGCCACCGGCCACACCGGGCUCACAGCACACUGAGCCUGUGUCUGGCAUUUCUGCAUGGAACCAGAUCCACAGGGUCAGUCAUACGAUCACCCAUCUCCCACAGGCCCUGGAAAAUGUACUUUGCUGUGACUUCACUUGGGAGUGCUUUUAUGUUGAUGGAAGUGGCCCACCCUUGAAAAAGGCAUAUGCUUUGGUCAGGCUUUUAAAACCACUACAUAAACUGUCAGAUCUCAGCAAAACACGAAAAUAGUAAAAUGUUUAAAAGCAAAAAAAAAA